UUGCUGACAAGGCUGCCUACCUGAUGGGUCUGAACUCAGCUGAUCUGCUUAAGGCCCUCUGCUACCCCCGAGUCAAGGUUGGGAAUGAGUACGUGACCAAAGGUCAAACUGUGCAGCAGGUAUACAAUUCAGUAGGUGCCUUGGCAAAGGCUGUGUUUGAGAAGAUGUUCUUGUGGAUGGUUAUUCGCAUCAACCAACAGCUGGAUACCAAGCAACCAAGACAGUACUUCAUUGGUGUCUUAGACAUUGCUGGCUUUGAGAUCUUUGAUUUCAACAGCUUCGAGCAGCUGUGCAUCAACUUCACCAAUGAGAAACUGCAACAGUUCUUCAACCAUCACAUGUUCGUGCUGGAGCAGGAGGAGUACAAGAAGGAAGGCAUUGAAUGGGAGUUCAUUGACUUUGGGAUGGACCUGGCUGCCUGCAUUGAGCUCAUUGAGAAGCCCAUGGGCAUCUUCUCCAUCCUGGAAGAGGAGUGCAUGUUCCCCAAGGCAACUGACACCUCUUUCAAGAAUAAGCUCUAUGACCAGCAUCUGGGCAAGUCCAGUAACUUCCAGAAGCCCAAGCCUGCCAAAGGCAAGGCUGAGGCCCACUUCUCCCUGGUACAUUAUGCUGGUACAGUGGACUACAACAUCUCUGGCUGGCUUGACAAGAAUAAGGACCCCCUGAAUGAAACUGUUGUGGGGUUGUACCAGAAAUCAUCGUUGAAAACACUGGCCUUGCUCUUUGCUUCUGCUGCAGGAGAGGCAGAGAGUGGUGGCGGUGGUAAAAAGGGAGGCAAGAAGAAGGGUUCUUCUUUCCAGACUGUAUCAGCUCUUUUCAGGGAGAACCUAAACAAGUUGAUGACCAAUCUACGGAGCACUCACCCCCAUUUUGUGCGCUGUAUCAUCCCCAAUGAAACAAAAACACCUGGUGCCAUGGAGCAUGAACUGGUGCUACACCAGCUGCGCUGUAAUGGUGUGCUGGAAGGGAUCAGAAUUUGCAGGAAGGGAUUCCCCAGCAGAAUCCUCUAUGCAGACUUCAAACAGAGAUACAAGGUGCUUAAUGCCAGUGCUAUCCCAGAGGGACAGUUCAUUGACAGCAAGAAGGCUUCUGAGAAGCUUCUCGGGUCAAUCGAUGUGGACCACACCCAGUACAAAUUUGGCCACACCAAGGUGUUCUUCAAAGCUGGGCUGCUGGGACUCCUGGAGGAGAUGAGGGAUGAGAAGUUGGCACAGCUCAUCACCCGCACUCAGGCCAGGUGCAGGGGCUUCCUGAUGAGAGUGGAGUACCAGAGAAUGGUGGAGAGGAGGGAGUCCAUCUUCUGCAUCCAGUACAACGUUCGUUCAUUCAUGAAUGUCAAGCACUGGUCUUGGAUGAAGCUGUUCUUUAAGAUCAAGCCCUUGCUGAAGAGUGCAGAAUCUGAGAAGGAGAUGGCCAACAUGAAGGAAGAGUUUGAGAAAACCAAGGAAGAGCUUGAAAAGUCUGAGGCAAAGAGGAAGGAGCUGGAGGAGAAAAUGGUUUCUCUGCUGCAGGAGAAAAAUGACCUGCAGCUCCAAGUGCAGGCUGAAGCAGAUAGUUUGGCUGAUGCUGAGGAAAGAUGUGACCAGCUCAUCAAAACCAAAAUCCAGCUGGAAGCCAAAAUUAAGGAGGUGACUGAAAGGGCUGAGGAUGAAGAAGAAAUUAAUGCUGAACUCACAGCCAAGAAGAGGAAACUGGAGGAUGAAUGUUCAGAGCUGAAGAAAGAUAUUGACGAUCUUGAGUUAACACUGGCCAAGGUUGAGAAGGAAAAACAUGCCACUGAAAACAAGGUGAAAAACCUCACAGAGGAGAUGGCCACGCUGGACGAGACCAUUGCCAAGCUGACAAAAGAGAAGAAAGCCCUCCAAGAGGCCCAUCAGCAAACACUGGAUGACCUGCAGGCGGAAGAG